GACAAGCCCCCAGGCUUGUCCCCAGAAGGAUCUGGAUUUGCCUGGGAAGGUGGCUGAAGCCUCAGUGCUCUCCCGGGCCCACGGCUGCCCACCCCCGCCAGGCCGAGGCUAUGGAAAAGUUCCGCAUGUUCUUCCAGCACUUCCAGUCCAGCUCAGAGUCCGUGAUGAAUGGCGUCUGCUUGCUGCUGGCCGCGGUCACGGUCAAGAUGUAUUCCUCCUUCGACUUCAACUGCCCCUGCCUGGCGCGCUACAAUGCCCUCUACGGCCUGGGCCUGCUGCUCACACCCCCGCUCGCCCUCUUCCUCUGCGGCCUCCUUGCCAACCGGCAGUCCGUGGUCAUGGUUGAGGAGUGGCGCCGGCCUGCGGGGCAGCGGAGGAAGGAUCCGGGCGUCGUCAGGUAUAUGUGCUCCUCUGUGCUGCAGAGGGCACUGGCCGCCCCCCUCGUCUGGAUCCUCCUGGCCCUCCUUGAUGGGAAGUGCUUCGUGUGUGCCUUCAGCAGCUCCGUGGACCCCGAAAAGUUUCUGGACUUUGCCAACAUGACCCCCAGCCAGGUGCAGCUCUUCCUGGCCAAGGUGCCCUGCAAGGAGGAUGAGCUGGUCAGGGACAGCCCCGCUAGAAAAGCAGUGUCCCGCUACCUACGGUGCCUGUCACAGGCCAUCGGCUGGAGUAUCACCCUGCUACUGAUCAUCGUGGCCUUCCUGGCCCGCUGCCUGAGACCUUGCUUCGACCAGACAGUCUUCCUGCAGCGCAGAUACUGGAGCAACUACGUGGACCUGGAGCAGAAGCUCUUCGACGAGACGUGCUGUGAGCAUGCGCGGGACUUCGCCCACCGCUGCGUGCUGCACUUCUUCGCCAGCAUGCAGAGCGAGAUGCGGGCACGCGGGCUGAGCCGGGACGCCGCGGGCAGGGGCCGCGAGCCACCCGAGAUGCCCAGCGGCCUGGACGGCGACGGAAGCAGGAAGGCCCACCUGCGGGCGGUUUCCAGCCGGGAGCAGGUGGACCGCCUCCUGAGCACGUGGUACUCCAGCAAACCGCCGCUCGACCUCGUGGCAUCCCCGGGGCUCUGGGCGCGUGGCCUCAACCAUCGCGCUCCCACGGUGGCCCCAGGCACCAGGCUGUCUCCGCAUACUGAUGUGUAG